CUCAUUGAGUUCGGUUCAGGUCUUAGGAUGAGGCUAUUGUUGCCCACCAUUCGUCAAAGAUAAUAAACUUGAGAAAUAUAUGAACCAUCUCCUUUGUUCAUCCAAGAUAGCCUGAAGGACGCAGAUAAUAUACAAGAUAGCAGCAUGGCUCUCAGAAUGUGGGCUUCUUCCACCGCCAAUGCACUCCGAAUUUCUCGUGCCUCCAGUUCCCAUCUCUCCCCUGCAUUCUCUCUCUCCCGCUGCUUCUCUACUGUUUUGGAUGGGUUGAAGUAUGCAUCUUCUCAUGAGUGGGUGAAGCCUGAAGGUGCUGUGGCCACAAUCGGCAUCACUGAUCAUGCUCAGGACCAUCUUGGAGAAGUAGUGUUUGUGGAAUUGCCAGAAGCAGGUGGUUCUGUUUCUCAAGGUAGCAGCUUCGGAGCAGUGGAAAGUGUCAAAGCAACCAGUGAUGUCAAUUCCCCUAUCUCUGGUGAGAUUGUUGAGGUCAACACAAAGCUUACUGAAACACCGGGCUUGAUCAAUUCAAGCCCAUACGAAGGAGGAUGGAUGAUCAAGGUGAAGCCUAGCAGUCCAUCAGAGUUGGAAUCCUUGUUGGGUCCAAAAGAAUAUACAAAAUUCUGUGAGGAGGAGGAUGCUGCACAUUAGAAUUUGAACUUGCAGCAGGAAACAUCUUGGAUUGUUUUCUGCUACAAAAGAUUAAUGUUAUAUUUCUUAUGUUCUUAUCACUUGUUGCUGUUUUUCACUAUCAAAUAACACAAAAAAAAAGGAAAAAGUUGUUCUCAAAGAUUACAAAGUUGCUGGCUUUAAGUCAGUCAAAUAUGCAUGUUUGUUUUCCUUUCA